CUCUCUCACUCUCUUCCAGUUGUCACGGAUCCCAGCAGCUGAAAGGUUUGAGAGCCGUACGUCUGUCGAUUCCUUUUGUUCUCCUUUUCUUCCUUUUUCUUUCCUUAGUUGGCCCCUUUCCAGCCUUCAUCUUCGCGUCACCGCCAAUCUUCCUCGCCUCACGCACCGAGUUACGACUUAGCAUCUACCCUUACGUCUUUCCUUGUUUGCGUGGCCGAACUUGAACGAGCAACUUAAGAUCGAUUUCUUGAAUAGUUGACGCUAAUUGGGCGACUUCACUCAAUUUCUCGUGUACAUGGUCGCCUCGGUUAUGGAACGCACAAGAUUUUAGAGUAGUGAAUUACAGGAAGACCGUCCUUUCGUGUAUUCUGUGGUGACUCGAUACCGGGGUUAUCGGUGAGCCUGUGGGCUCUGAGAAAUACCUUUUUCAAGCCGCUGGCCUCAGUCUCGCAACGGCUAUCAUGGAGGACCAAGAUGGCAUCUCGAUUCGUCCAAUGAGGCUCAAAGUCCUCUAUACCUUUGAUGACGAAAGCAAAACAAACUGUCUUGCCCGGUGGCCUCACGUGCUUCAGAUUCAGACGGCUUUCUUGGACGAAGACAUACAAGUUGGCGUGAUCGAGCUUAAGACUUGUAUCCAGGCCAUAGUUUCGGCAAGCCCAGAAUUGGUUGCAAAGCUCGGCCGAGACUACACCGUUUACGCAUACGAUUAUUCCGAGUAUGAAACCCCACUGGUGGGACAAGGGAUGUUGUCAUGGGUCCUAGCUUCGUCUUCUCCGACACCUAAUGCACCGGCUCAUCAGUCAAGAACCAUGGUCACUGGACGCGUGUGCCAAAAUGCCGGCCUUUUUGCAAGGGGUGCGCAGGAAACGCUCGAGGUCAAAUUGAGAUUGGUACCGGUACCGUCGAUUUUACAAAGCGAGUACCUCAACAGCAUGCAGAAGUAUAGGGAAUUAAGCACCGUAAUUCCACAGGACUUCGACGCACAGGCCUGGACCAGCUUUGUUCAAUCCAAUCCCGGUUUAUUCGCAGGCAGCGAUGCAAACCCAGUGGCUGAGCGUGAUGCUGUGGAUAGGUCAGGGAUUGAGAAUGUUCAUCGAAUGUUAAGCGAGGGAUCAGGGCCUCGUGAUCUUUCCAAUCUCAACAACUUCCACGCUGACUCACCAGCCCAAUUCACGAAUGCUACCCCCAGUCGUACUUCGACUCCAGGAAUUGUGAGACCUAUGAGCCAGCAGCAAAAGAGAAAUGUCGACGAGACAUUUAGACCCUCUUCGAGAGGGUCCGUUCAACAUCCUAAUGCUCCUACCCGUCGUCGAGGCUCUAUCAUGUCAGGAUACGGAAGUUCAGAUGAGACUGCUGAAGGCCCAGUGCAAAAAAGGGCAAAGCUUAUGAGGGCUGAUUUAGACAAGACAAAUAUGAACAUCGAACGCCAGCCUGGAUCCCUUCGCGUUGCCGCCAGCACGGCCGCUUCUGUCAGAAUACAUCGCCCGACACCUUUAAAUCCCACCAUCCAGGCAGCUCAGGCUUCAAACGAAGACCCCGUUCGCCCACCUACACCUGUUCCGUCUGCAGUCAAUGCACCAACUCGUCGAAUAGGCCGUCCUCCUCAGAGUAACCUUCGACGUCAGUCAUCAACUUUCAGUCAGCAUUCGCACGGUCCUCCAUACAUGUCCGAGGAACGGCGUGCCGCGGAAAUGACAUCCGGCUCCCCGCCUGAUGAGAUGCGUUAUGCUAUAUCCUCCGAGACCCCAUUCAAUAUGCCAUCCUCACCACCUGUAAUGGAUAUGACGUGUCCCCAAACCUCUAGUCCGGUUCUUCCACCACUACCAGAUCAGGACUCUGGAUUCAUGAGUGGAAACUUUGAACCCCUCGACGAUGAAAACGCAAAUAAUGAGUACCACAAUACCCAACAACAGAAUAAUUUGACAGAUAUGGCCAACUCACACACAUCUUCGAGACCCGCAGUUCCUUCUGCAAGCGGAAACCCGGCCGCCGGUCACCAGCAUAGACAGAUUAUGAGUGAUGGCACGAUGUCAGCCAGAAAUCCCGCACCAGUUCUUCCGCCUCAGCCAAGAAAAGCGGCUGGUUCUCGGCCUUCGUCUAGAGCAAGCGUCAGAGGUUCGAAACCACUCGCUCCAGCCCCAGCUCCUGUUCGGCAAGCCGAUGUAGGCCAGUCCCGGCUACCACUACCUCCUGUUCCCGUUAGUGAUCCAGUACAACCACUGCAACACCCAAUCAACGCCCAAACUCCGUCUUGUCCCAUGAGUGACAUGCCGAUGGUAUCUACUCCUGGAUCCACAAACUUUCCAGAUGGAAAGAUCCGGAGUGGUGCUGGAGCAAGACGUGUGAAGCAAGUUCAAGCUCGUCUAGACCAAUGCAUCAAGCAGGGCACAGUGCCUCCAUAUUGCGAAAACUGUGGAGCCAUUGAAACCACAACGUGGAGGCGGGCGUGGUCCAAAGUCAUUGAAGGAAGUGCGGAAAAUGCGAACGCUUGCAUUAACGAUCCGGGAAUGCUAUUCUGGGAGGCAGUUGACACUGAAACCGAUGGCACUGUUACAUCUUAUAGGCAAUUUAAGAAAUCAUUGGCGAACGAGGACAGGGACUACAUACAACUUCUCCUUUGCAAUCCUUGUGGAUUAUGGCUUCAUAAGUUCAAGAACAUGCGCCCUGAGAACAAAUGGAACAAGCCCCCAAACAAAGAUAAAAGAAAACGCAAGUCUAAUAGAAGGCCUCCGGCGGUCCCUGCAGCGUCAACCCGCUCACAGAUGAGGCUCCUGGCGGCCAAACGCUCCGGGUCCUCGCCACCCCCAACGGAAGCUUCGUCUCCUCCAGAAGAAACAACGCCAAAAAACGGGAACAGUGUGGGAAACAAUGGUGUUUCCCAGCCGCAUUCCAAUAAUAGAAGAGCGAAUAGUGCAGAACCGCCAAAAUCGACCAAUAAAAAUGACCGUUGGCAACAAGAAGACGCAUUUGAGGCACUAAGAAGAGCAAUUCAGUCCAGUCCCGCGAGGAACAUGGAGGCACGCAAAGUGCCGUUUAUGGAGCCCAAUCUGACCCCCAAUCCUGUUCGAAGAACUUUGUUCCAAUCUUCGAAAGAGGACAGUGCUAUGAAAACUCUCAGUGAAGCUUUGGUUAACAGUGUCAGACGCAGUCCUCGGUCAACUCCAAAGAAUUCGAAACAAGGAACGGGCGCAGAAUCUAACAGCAAAUCUCCAGGUGACGGCCUUGACCACCUUUUUGAAGGCGGGGAAGAUGCAUUCCUUGAUAUUGACCCCCCAAACAGCCCAACUCCAAGGCAAAAGAACCGAACUCCAAAUACACGAACGGUUAAUAAAGAAAAUGUCGGCGUGCCAUCAGAGCAGCCAAAAGAGUUUACUUCGUCUGAGAAUCAGCAAACCCUUCAGGAGUCGCCAAACGCCGCUAAGGGCCAGAACGGCGAUAUUGGCACUUUGUCGCUUUGGAAUAGCCCAAAUUCAAAAAAUUUUGAAACCAUUAACGGCUUGGUUCUGAAUAUUUUCGAAUCAGACGAUGAGUCUCUUACGCACACAGAUUCCUUUCAGCCUUUCGUACCCCCCAAAGCCCCUGCAAGCGGCGAUUGGGUAGAUUGGGAUCCCGACUGUGUCUCACCUAGAGAUUCUCAGAUAGCUGAGGGAGGAGCAAACGAGCAAUCCGGCCGCAUUCCCGCGGGCCUUAAUGACGAUAAUACUUCCCCAUCAAUUGUUGAUGGUUUUCAAAAUAAAGAGGCCCAGGCCCCGAAUGAUGCUUCCAACAUACAAAGUGGCGAAGAUGCCGAAUUUCGAUCCCUCCUUCUCGCAACUGCUACUGGAUAUACUGCUUUCAAUGAUUCGUCUGCAAUUUCGGACACCGAUAUCUUUGAUCCAGCCUUGGUUGAUCCACAGUUGCUUAGUGGUAUGUGGAGCAAAGAUGGCAGCAUUGCUGCGUCCCCGUCCGGUGGAAAGAAUAGUGGAGUGGAUCAAUUCGACGCUGAGGUUUUUUCAGCCAUUAUUCAGGAGGUUACCGGGAAGCCUAGCAGUACCUAGGACAAUCGACCAGGUUUAAUAUAAACCUGGAUAACAUAUGUGGGUGCCAACUUCAACUAUUGCAUGGAACCCGGAUAGCGGAGUUGAUUAUUUGUUCAUAUUCAUUUUGUUGAUUUCACCGGACUCACAUUGGUUCGUUUCAGCCCCUUUUCUUUAGGUUUCCCGGUCAGUUUAGCAAUCUCCAUCUUUGCAUGUAUCCCUUGUGUUUCUUUGUUUGAUCCAACUUUGACUCGUGAAACAUGUCCUGUCUAUGAUAAAUGUAGCUAUUGUUAUGUUAGUGGAGUUGGAAAUACUCCCUCUCCAUAUCUAAAUACCGAUGAGGCCUUUGUUGCCAUGAUCUCAUA